AAUCCACCGGCUUUGUCUACCAUUGUGUUCGCAAGACCUCUGUUUCUCUCUCUCUCUUGCUCUCCAAAUCUCUAAAACCCUAGAAGCUCACAUUCGAUUUUCCAGUGCGAAUUACUCCGUUCUCUCAUUCUUCUUCUACUUCUUCUCGAUUCUUCUGUAGUUUAAUCUGUAAGAAACACAUGGCUGAUGUGGAACAGAACUAUACCCAUGUUGUCGAUGACAAUCAAGUAGAUGAGAGUGCACAAAUUUAUGAGAAUGCUCAGGUACAUGAGACUACUCUUGAACAGGAAAAUACACAGGAGGCAGAAAACUUGCACGAUCUUCAGAAUGAACACAUACCAGAAACUUUAGAGUCUGAGCCAAAACAGGUUCAUAAUGAGGAUCCCCUGACCGUAGUAAGUGAGAAAAAGUGGCCUGGAUGGCCAGGAGAGAGUGUUUUUCGAAUGUUGGUUCCUGCCCAAAAGGUUGGUAGUAUAAUUGGUCGCAAAGGUGAGUUUAUCAAGAAAAUAGUUGAGGAAACGAGAGCUCGGAUUAAAAUUCUUGAUGGUCCUCCAGGAACAGCAGAAAGAGCUGUAAUGGUGUCUGCAAAGGAUGAACCUGAUUCUGCUUUUCCUCCUGCGGUGGAUGGACUUCUGAGGGUUCAUAAACGCAUUGUUGAUGGUCUGGAGGGUGAUAAUGCUCACGCCCCCAACAUGGGAGGUAAAGUCUCAACGAGACUGCUUGUGGCAGCUUCACAAGCAGGAAGCUUAAUUGGGAAGCAGGGAGGGACUGUUAAAUCCAUUCAAGAGGAGUCAAAUUGUAUAGUUAGAGUUCUUGGAACAGAUUUACCUGUUUUUGCUCUCCAAGACGAUAGAGUUGUUGAAGUACUAGGUGAUCCAGCUGGUGUGCACAAAGCAGUGGAACUCAUUGCUUCCCAUCUUAGAAAGUUUCUAGUUGACCGAAGUAUUAUCCCAGUUUUUGAAAUGAAUAUGCAGAUGCAAAAUCCACAGAUGGAGCACAUGCCGCCGCCGCCACACCAACCCUGGGGCCCGCCUCAAGGAAUGCCACCAAAUGCCGGGGGUGGUCCUGGCUUUGGACCAAAUCCUCCUCAAUACAUGCCACCACCUCGUCAAUUUGACAAUUAUUAUCCACCUGCUGAGAUGCAAUCGGUUAUGGAUAAGCAGCCCCAUCAUGGAAUUUCUGCUUAUGGAAGGGAAGCUCCUAUGAGUGGUGUUCAUGCAGCAUCGAAUGCACAGUCAGCGCCAUCAGUUGUCACCACCCAGACAACUCAACAAAUGCAGAUUCCAUUAUCUUUUGCUGACGCUGUUAUUGGAACUGCCGGUGCUAGUAUUAGCUACAUUCGUCGUGCUAGUGGGGCAACUGUUACUAUACAAGAAACGAGGGGAGUCCCUGGGGAAAUGACUGUAGAGAUGAGUGGAACUGCUUCUCAAGUUCAAGCAGCCCAGCAGCUUAUACAGAAUUUUAUGGCUGGUGCUGGAGCUCCAGCCCAGCCCCAAACUGGGGUUUCGACAGACCAAGGCUACAACUCGUAUGCUGCUCAUGGUUCAGUGUACGCUUCGCCCCCUGCAAACCCUGCGGCUCAUGCUGGUCAUGCUGGAGGCUACGGCAAUGUGUACGGUACAAAUUAUGGGUACUAAGCCUUUUUUCACUCAAACUCCAACAUUAGAAAGAUUUGUAUCAUGUAGCUCGGUGUUUUAUUCAGCUAUUUUGAACAUGCUCUUCCUGAAUGCUUAGAACCGUAUUUCUGCAUUAGCCUAUUUGUGUGGUUUAGCGAAUUCACUGUCAGAUUUUAGCACUGGCUUAUUUUUGACUACAUGUGAUGGACAUUUUAAGAGAAGCUGCAACAUUGACGGACCCAAAUAUUGAACUUGUAUGAGAAUUAGAAUGUCUAGAGUUCUUUAUUGAAUUUGGUUAAUCAACCAAACCAUAUGAUAUAAUGUUAAUUACCGCACUGGGUUAGUAUAGUA